AUGGACUCAGAUGCGACAAAGUGCAGAUGGAAACCAGGAGGCCCAAUCGAGGCGCCACUCGCUGGCAGCUGGGGGCCUAGCAAGGUGGUGCUGGGCCGCAGGGCUUCCUCCUGUAGAGGACCUGGCAGUGAUGUGGUGUUCGGCCCCCAGGCCUCCCGCAGCACAGGCCCUGACCUGGAGGCCAUGCUGGGCUUCCAGUCCCACCCUCAAGAUUUCGCGCCCCGAGACCUCAGGCUGCUGGUGGUCCUCUGGUAUCGGGACGCAGUGGGCCCCUUUGGGACUAAGGAGCUUGGGGAAGAUGGCGGGGUCCGGCCCCUCCUCGUCCAGACACUGCCUGGAAAGCAGCAUGAGCCUUGUGCUGGCCAGGGACGGCUCGCGGCAGGGCGGGAGUCCUUUGUGCAGCCCCACCCUGGGGUGCUGGAUGAUGCUGUCCAGGGUGCUGCGGCUGUGGGGGUCGAGCGUCAUCAUCUUCCUCAGCAGGUACCGGCACUGCUGGGAGAGGUAGUGCGGCUCAUUGUAGACGACGCUCAGCACCCUGGCCCGCAGCUCUCCGAGGCUGGUGCCCUUGAAGGGCAGCUCCCCGGUGACCAUGUCAUAGAGGACCAUCCCCGGGCUCCAGAUGUCUGCCGCGGGGCCACUGUAUUCCUGUUGACGGAUGAUCUCAGGCGCCAUAAACUGUGGGCUGCCACAGGGGGUCUUGAGCAGCUCCGCCCUGGAGAACUGGGCGUUGAGCCCGAAGUCUGCCAGUUUUAUGUUUCAGUGCCUGUCCAGGAGCAGGUUCUCCGGCUUCAGGUCCCGGUGCACCAUGCCCCGGGCAUGGCAGUGGCUGAGUGCGGCAAGGAUCUGCUGGAAGAGGCGGUGCACCUCCAUCUCCCCCAGGUGCCCGCACCUGCACAGAAGGUCGUGACUACUCAGAUCCCAACUUGGACCAAAGGCCUUAUUUAUGCUGUGAAGGCCUCACUCACCAAGUAAAGGGGCCUCUGUCCUCCCCGAGGUCCCUAACCACGUGCCCGAGAAUGUCAGUGACAUGAAAGGGGAAGCCGCCUUAGAGACUGGACAUGCUGCCCAGUGAGAGAACUUCUGCUGACCCCCUGAGAUGAAACCCAACCAUCACCUCUCUCGGCUGGGAGCACAGAAAUGGAGACACGCAAAGAGUGUCUGGAAGUUCCCUCCAGUACACAGGGAAUAUCACAGUGUACCUAAGUGUUAAAAAGAGGAAAAAUCAAUUAUAUAGAGUAUAUGAGCAUCAGACUGUAUGAAGUCAUCAUAAAUAUAAUUUAAAAAUGAGCAUAUAUAUUUUUUUAAUUUUACAAUGGAAUUAUAUGAACUUAGAAAAACAUAAAGACCAGUAUUGUGUGAAAUUUUAAAAUACGUGUCUCAUAAUGGAGUC